AUGCAAACACCUGUAGCACAACUGAAACAUCAAACCAAACUACAUCCUACUCUGGCCACAUUGCAGACCAGUUUCAUGGAGAGUGGAAACCAGAACUCUAGCACAACCACAGUUGGUACGAUUAUUGAGAACAUGUUCAAGAUUGCUAUUAUUUCAUUCAUCGUGACCACUGUCAAAUCUAUCGUAGACACGAUUUACAACUUCCUUUCCCAAAAGUCUGAUUUUGUUAUCAUUCCAAAUCACUCAUUCAACAACUCCAAGGUAGAUGUGAAGGAGAUAGCAGCUGUCGAUGACAAACAUGAAGAUGAUGAGACUUUCAAUGACACUUUAUUUCCAUCUAUAGAUACGAAGAGAGACUCUGUUCCAUUUAAAGAAGAGCAGUCUGAAGAAUGUUUGAUUCCAACUAGCUGUUCGAUGGGACUAACAACGAGACUUUUGCCGGUAAAGAAUGCAAAAGGGGAGUUGGAAUGGGUAUUCACUGAAGAUGACUCUAUGCUAAACAAGGGUACAGAAUUGGAUGUAUUUAAGAUUCCACAACCACACGAUUUCAAAUUCAAAGACCACAAUGGCAACCAUCACAACCAACACCACCAGCACAAUCACAACAAUGAACUCUCACCCACCAUGUCAAAUUCAUCUAAUGAAACGACAUUGUCAACAAAAUUGGAAUUCAACAGCUCACAGAGUAAAGAGCAAUCUGUAUCACCCAAUGGAUCGUCACAUGGAUCCUCCUCACCAUAUAUGGGAGGCGAAGAAGAAGAAGCAGAAGAAGAAGAAGAAGAAUAUAAUGAGACAAGAGUCGGACAUGAACGUGACUAUACCGAUGGUGAACAACUGUUCUCCUGUCCACAUUGUGACGCCGUUUUUAAGAUUAGAGGAUACCUCACGAGACACAUGAAAAAGCAUUCCAGUGACAAGGCUUAUUCAUGCCCCUUCCACUUGCAAAGUAUAUACAAGGAUGAUAAUGAUAUUGUUCACAAAUGUCACCCAACCGGAGGGUUUUCGAGAAGGGACACUUACAAAACACACUUGAAGUCGAGACACUUCAACUACCCAAAAGGUGUCAAGCCCAAAAACAAACCCAACAGUGAAGGACAUUGUUCAAUGUGUGGAGAGUUUUUCAAUAGUGCUGAAAUUUGGUGUGAGAUGCACGUAGAAGGGGGCGAGUGUAAAUACUUACCUCAGGACUACAAAGGAAAAUCUAGACUCAAGAAUAGGUUAAAGAAGAAGCUACAAAAGAAUGAGGAAAUAACCGACCCUCAAUUGUUGCCGUUUACUUCGAAAGUUCUCGAGGAAGUUAAAGAGCAACGUAUGCAAAAGAAGUUGGCCAGGAAAGAGAGGAAAAAGAGGACUUUAAAGAAACAAAUCCAGCAGCAACAUAUCCUUCGCCAUGAUGUCGCCAAUCCAAGCUACCAACACCAUUCUAGCGUCGUCGCCAACGGUUCAAUGCCAACCUCUUCUCCACAACACAUGGAUACACCAGGUUCCAUGGCAUCCUCGUCGCAAUAUGAGUCGUCUUCAGUACAUUCACCAUUCACGCCCCUGACUUCAAAAUCCCCAUUGAGUUUAAUGACGAAUAACUAUGUCAAAGAGGACCAAUCUCAUCAUUCUCAACCGCAAUAUACUACGGCACCAUAUCAAUUUGAACAGAUUGAAACGGCACACACAGGCUCGGUUGAGCUGCUACAGGAGGACUAUGAUGACGAUUUUUGUCUCGAUGUUGAUCAGUUGAGUCCCCAAUCGACGCGGCAGUUUAACGAAAUGGUGGAGUACAUCAAGUUGCAACAACUGCAGCAAGGUAUGCAGGGACAGGGAUGUUUUCAACAACAACAACAACAACAACAACAGCAGCAGUAUAACUUUCAAACAUCACAGCAGGUAGGAGGUCAGUAUGUUGACUAG